CCAGUUUUGAGUGCUUAGUUCAUUAACUUUAAAUAUAAAUGAAGUCAUGGAUGACGAAGGGUAUUUUCAGGAGUCUGUAAAUGACCCCACUGAUUACAUGUUCGAGGGGGACUUGGGCUUGCAGGGCCCGCUGCAGCUCCAAGAUCCCUCCUUCCUCUCCUCUCUAAGUGGGCAGCCGGAGAAAGAUCUCUCCGAGGACCUGGACCUCAGCUUCCUGCCUGACGAGCUCAGCACACAGGACGAGCCGGCACAGGAUGCACCCAGGCCAACCCAGCAGACCCUGAAUGACAGCGGUGUAUUCACAGGGAGCGCACGUGAGGAGAUGACUGCGUCAACACCAGUGGCAGGGGCUGGGCCAGGUGGAGAGGUCCCACCUGUGGCAUCUUCUUUCUGCCCUCUACCCAUGAGUCCAAUGACACCCAUGGCUCCUAUGACACCACUAACUGAGAGCUCCAAAAUCAUCCCACAACUUCACAGGAACAUUGUGUCAACGGUGAAUCUGGAUUGCCGUCUUGACCUGAAAUCCAUUGCACUACAAGCCAGAAAUGCUGAAUAUAAUCCUAAGCGUUUUGCUGCUGUCAUUAUGCGGAUCAGGGACCCCAGGACAACAGCACUCAUCUUCAGCUCAGGAAAAAUGGUCUGCACCGGAGCCAAGAGCGAAGAACAGUCCAGGCUCGCUGCCCGCAAGUAUGCUCGCGUGGUGCAGAAGCUGGGUUUCCCAGCCAAAUUCCUGGACUUCAAGAUCCAGAACAUGGUGGGAAGCUGUGAUGUUCUGUUCCCCAUCCGAUUGGAGGGCCUGGUGCUUACUCACCAACAGUUCAGCAGCUAUGAGCCAGAGCUUUUCCCAGGUUUGAUCUACAGGAUGGUGAAGCCACGCAUUGUACUUCUCAUUUUUGUGUCGGGAAAAGUGGUAUUGACAGGGGCCAAAGAGCGAACUGAGAUUUAUGAAGCAUUUGAACACAUCUACCCAAUUCUAAGGGGAUUCAGAAAACAGUAAAGAUUGUUUGCGCUUAUUUCAAGGGGUUGGACUUACUUGUGUGGGUUGCCUACACUUAAAAAUUCUAUAGUAAGUUGUAUUGCAGAAGUGAAUGCACUUGAACCAGUUCCUUUUCAGUGAUGUAAAAAAUAUAGAAUUUGCCAUAAUAAUAUUUAGUAAAUUGGUAACAUAUUUUUUCGAUGAAUGGAUUGCAUGUUUGUGUUGUGAUAUUUUUUUUUG